AUGGCCUGUGACGAACCCGCUGCUCUCUCAGGCAUCUUCACGCGCCAGAACUCUGCCAGCGCUGUCUCUCUGGACUUCGAGCCUGACGCUGACUACAAGUUUGUUGAAACCUUAGAAGACCGGUACAAGUGCGCCUACUGCCACCUCGUCCUUCGCAAUCCCCACCAGACGGGAUGCGGGCACCGAUUUUGCCAGCAGUGCAUUCUUUCUUUGAGAGAGUUGAAUGCAGUACCCACCUGUCCCGUCGACAAAGAAACAAUAAAAAUGCAUGAGGUAUUCAAAGACAACUGCUGUAAAAGAGAAGUUCUCAACUUGCAUGUAUUCUGCAAAAACAUUCCUGACUGCAAUUCAAAAAUAAUUCUGGGACGGUACCAGGAGCAUCUUCAGCAGUGUUUGUUUGAAAGUGUGCAAUGCACUAAUGAUGGAUGUUGUGAUCAAAUUCUUCGGAAAGACUUGAAAGAGCAUUUGAGCCAGCACUGUAAAUUUCGAGAAGAAAUGUGUCAGUACUGUAAUAAAUAUGUGGUGUUAAUUAACAUAAAGAAUCACGAGGAAAAUGACUGUCCUGAUUAUCCUGUGCCUUGUCUCCAAAACUGUUCACAAAUAAUUCUGAAGAAGGAGAUUGAAAAGCACCACGCUGUGUGUCCUGAGGCAGAAGUGGACUGCCCGUACAAGCAGUACGGCUGUCUUGUAAAGGUUAAAAGAGGGAAACUUGCCGAACAUGAAAACAGUGCCCUGAGGGAACACAUGCUGCAGAUUUUGGACAAGAACUCCCGGUUGGAAGAACAGAUAUCUGACCUGCAUAAGAGCCUGGAAUGUAAAGAGAUUAAAAUCCAGCAGCUAGCAGAGGCCAUUAAAAAGUGUGAGAAAGAAUUCAGACAGUUUACACAACUGUUUGGUAAAAACAGCAACUUGAUGGUAAGCACACAGGCUCUGGCCAGUCACCUGGAUAAGUCUGCGCGCCUGGAAUCGCAAGUGAAACAGCUACUACAGAUGGCAAACCAGCAGCAAAGCAAAUUAGACUUGCGACCACUAUUUGACACAAUUGAAAAUGUAAAACAGAAGAUUGCCCUGAUGGAGACAUAUGAUCAGCGCUUGGUUGUUUUGGAAGGUCAGUCCAGCAAACACGAUCUCCAGAUCAAUAUUCACAAAGCACAGCUCAAUAAAAAUGAAGAACGAUUUAAGCUUUUGGAAGGCACUUGCUACAAUGGGAAAUUAAUCUGGAAAAUCACGGACUACAAGAUGAAGAAAAAAGAAGCGGUGGAAGGCCGUGUCCUCUCCAUAUUCAGCCAGCCCUUUUACACCAGCCGCUGCGGUUACAGGUUAUGCGCGAGAGCCUACCUGAACGGGGAUGGCUCAGGAAAGGGAACACACGUCUCUCUCUACUUUGUAGUGAUGAGAGGGGAGUUUGACUCGCUGCUGCUGUGGCCUUUCAAGCAAAAAGUUACACUUAUGCUUUUGGACCAAAGUGGGAAAAAAAAUCACAUUGUGGAAGUCUUUAGAGCUGACCCCAAUAGCAGCAGUUUCAAAAGGCCAGACGGAGAAAUGAAUAUUGCCUCCGGAUGUCCACGCUUCGUGCCGCACACGGUCCUGGAGAACACAAAGAACACCUACAUCAGAGAUGACACUCUGUUUUUGAAAGUGGUUGUGGAUUUAACCGACCUGGAGGAAUUGUGAAAAGCGUGCCCGAUCAAUGUGACUGCUUUAACCAUGAAGAAAUGCUUUCUUGGUGACUACCAGCCAUGCAAUAGUGAAUUGCCACUAGUCGUACUACUGACAAUGUUUCGAGGCUUUUGGACUGCGUAACAGAUAAUGAAUUGCCAAAGCAUCAGCCUUUCCUUUUUUAACCUUUUUUUCAAGACUGCAUUUUUAAGGCAGCUAGAAGUCCAGUUUGAUGCGAACGUGCAUUCGAUCCAGACCUGGCUUAGUUCAGGCUGGGGGGAAUGCUUGGCUCCCAUCACCAGACUGGCAUUUGGAGAUGAAAUUCCUCCAGUAAGCCCCGUGGAGCCCAGGCAGGCCUGUGGGCUCCCGUCCCUCGCACAGAACUGAUACCAUGCCCGAGCGUGCAAGUGCAUUUCACCUGUCUGAAAUGGAAACAUUUCAACAUUAGCACAUUUGAAUCAGUAUAUUAUGAUCUCUCCAUCUCCUGGAUUUUUGAAGCAGGGAGAAUGGCUUCAGCCAGGCAGGGAAAACAUUUGCCUGGGAUCUUGCAUCUUUUUUUUGUUUUAAUUGUUUUUUCCAGAAAGCCCAGAGGAAGAUGCCAAUGCCUCUUACUUUUCUAGCCUGAUAUUUCAGCUGUAUGGAGUACCCCCAGGUCACAAUAGCUUUGUUAUGUCCUUUCCGUUCCUGCCUAGUGCCUUGGGACUGAUUUCCAUUGGUGGUAAACAUCCACAGUCCCCAUCUGAAGUCAAAAGAAGCCACAGGCGCUUCUCACCUCUCAGGACACGGCCAGAAGCGGGGCACUCGGCCAGCCUGCCAGCCUUUGGCUGCGCUGCUGGAGGAAGAGGGGCAAAACUGCUGUACUUUUGCUCCCAUAUCUGCACAAAAGAGAUGUUUUCUGGCCUACCAGCUCUACAGAAGGCAGGAAGAGCUUUGGAUAUCUGCUUGAGAAAAAGCCCAUGUAACACGCACUGUUCCCUUCUGCUAAAAAUGGGGAUGUUUGGGAAAGAGGGAAGAAAAUGGACUAGGGAGUGAGGUUGCUGUAAGAACCCAGUUUUCACAGGUAAGCAGCUCUGGCGUUUGUUAAAAGGCGAGACAGCUGCUGAGUAACGACCGCUAACUAUGAAGCACGUCUGAAGAUCUUACUUUUUAUUCCAAGUUCCCUCUGAGGGAACGUGUGCAUUGUUCGAGGUUUAUUGUAGACGCACUAAAACCACCAAGAUCAGGCACUGAGGAACAAGUGACAAAGAAUACACGUGCCUUUUUAAAGCCUUUUGGGUGCCUGUAAGAGGGAUGUAAUUUUGCACACUCGGUCAUUUUGUUAUUACAAGUGACAGAAUUUUGUGUCUCUCAUCUCUCACAGACCAGGUAGUGAAACAUCCAGCAACGUUAUCCAUCGCUCCUGCAGUCCACUGGCAGAGCAAACCUGGAGCUUGUCAAGAGACAGCAAGAAACCAAGCUGGUUUUAAAGCAAGAGUAAACUAGGCAGGAUAAAAAUCAAAACGGGGCACAGACUGCAAGGUAUAAGGUAGAAAAUUCAAGAGGGCAAAUGUGGCAAAAUCAAAAAUGCCGUUUCUGUGCGGGAUGUUGAUAUCAACUGAAAUAAUACGAUUUGGGGAUUGAUGCUAAGACGAAGGCAAAAUACCCUAUUUUUUAUCUGCGAUCUCAUUGCUAGGCAUUUACUUUCCCCACGGUUUCUAGGACAUAAUUGAGACACAAUAUUUUCAAAUUCGGCAGCGGGAGGGAAGAGACCUUAGUUAUUUGUACCUCACAGCGAGUUAGCACAUCUGAAAUCUUCGUUUUAAUCUAGAUGUCCUUUUGUUGUACGAUGUCAGGACAUACUGGGCCACUGUAGGGGUUUUCCGUGUUCCCAGGGACAGAUGCUGAGGGACGGAUUUUAUUCUUUUGUACGGCCAUGACUGACUUUAAGAGUCAUUUUGGCUGUACAACAGAGAGAAUGAGGCCUCAUGUCCUUAACGCUUCAUUACAGAAAGAGCAAGCUUGGUUUGAAAAUGGUGUGGCAUUCUAGGACGUCAAUCCCGAGCCUCGGACGUGGACUUCAUGUCAAUUAUUACUUUAAUAUUUGUCAUGUAACUUUCAAAGUGGCACAACUUGCAUAAUAACCGCUAAUAACUGAGGGAAACGUACCACCCGUGUUUCCUGGGACUCUCCAGUACGUUAAGUGUAAAAUACAGAAAGCGGUAAAGAACUUGGACAAUCAAGGGAGGCAAGAGGGAAAGGAUGCCGUCUGUAUCCUGGCAAAUUCCCAGCCCUCUCCGCCUCUACCACCCCAAGCAUAAAAUGGGGAUAAUAAUACUUGCAGAAGCGUUAGGACUAUUUAAAUGUUUGUGACGAAUUUUGAGCAUGAAAAGAGCUAAGUAUUAUUAAACUCCAUUUCUAAUUGUUAGAGUAGGUGAUGGCAUAGUGACGUGGAUAAGUGUUUAGUGUGUUCCUGGACAGAUUUUGAAAGCAUGUUCGGUUUUAGCCAGUCCGUACUGCAAUCUCUCCUCUACCAGUUGGGUUUAGGUUUUUGCCACGAAUACUCCUUUUAAAAUUUUGAAGCACAAAUGAUUCAUCCUGGGUGAUGGAAACAUCCCUUUUGAAAUACUGCCUGUUUUAUAAAGAAUUAGUUGAGAAAAUUCAUUUUUUUAAAGACAACCUUCUUUAAAUUGGUUCUUUUUAUUACAACAAUUGAGAGUUUUAUGUUAAGAUUUUCAGCGAUUUUUACUACUUAUAAACAAACAGGAUUUUAAAUUUCAUCCCAUUCCUAAUAAAGAAAAAAAACGCUGUAUAGCAUGAAUUGUCGGGAAGAAUUUUGAUGUUGCAUGAAAAACACCAAAAAACUUUUCAAUAAUAUUGUACUGGGUAAAUAACCAAAAGAGCGUAGGGUAUUUCUACAUCAGCGUACAGUAUGUUUUUAAUGUAUUUAUUGACAGUUUGUAGUUGUUGAAUAUCUCUUACUAUGAUACAGGCAUUUUUCUAGCCAAAUGUCAUCACUGUAUACGUAAACUAAUGUAAGAAUAAAUAAUUUUACCAUCCUUCUGGA